AUGGUCAAUUCUCAUUGUUAUUCUUUUCGUUGCGAGAAUGGAGAAGGUAAAUUCAUUGAAUUGCAGUUAUCAUUCUCCGAACCUGAGCAUCAAAUCACUCUAGCUUGUACCUACAAUUAUCAUAAAUAUUUGUUUCGUGAAGAAACUUCAUCCGUCAUUCAUUUCAAAUAUUACAAGACAUGUUUGAUGAAUAAUUCAAUUAAAUGCAAAGUUUCUGAGAAUUGCAUUACCCUGAAUGUGAAGGAAUGUUCUGAUCUGGAAGAAACUGUAAAAUUUAUUCUUGAGAAACAAGAAAGAAACCCAGAAGAAAAAUUGAAUAUCAUGUUUGAAGUCAUGAUGCAAGAUAUUAGAGAAUUGAAGGAAAAACUUUGGUUUACAGAUAAGGAUUUGAACAAAUUCUCAGAAAAGUAUAUUUCCAAUUGGAAUAGUUUAACAAAUAACUAUUCGAAAAACGUUGACAAUCCUUCUAUUAGAAAAAACCAAGAUUCUAAUUAUGAUGUAAAGAAUUAUGCAGUUAAUACUUCAGGUUUUAAGGCUAAUGGAUAUACGAAAGGUUGUCGUGAAGAAAAUUUGGAACCUAUUGUCAUUUACUUUAAACAAAAAGUGGAAUUCUCAAAGAUUGAAUUCAUUGUGAAUGCUCCAGGUAAGAAAGAAGACCCAAUUGCAAUUUAUAUCUAUGGUGUGUUUAAACCUCAAGGAUUUAUUAGAAAAAUGGAGGAAUCAGGUUCAAGUUCUGGAACUUCUGAACCAAAAGAAGAAUUCAUCAUCAUGCCAAAAUUGGAGCAACUUGUUAAGGAAGAUUGUAAACAAUCAGAUAUUGUUUCGGUUAGUUUAAAUCUCAGUAAUUGCUACGAUGGUAUUGGAAUUGCAGUUAGAAAGGAUAAGACUGCCAUCUCUUAUAGCUUGACUGAUGUCAGAAUUUAUUAA